GAUUUCGUGAUGGAGUGCUUGACUUUCACACUGACUGGUGACGUCCUGGCACAGGAGAUCGACCCCGAGGCGCCGUCGCUGCGGAACGGCGGGAGCAUGGUGAAGCAGAAGCUCGAUUUCGCCAUGGAGUUCUUCAUCACGGAGGUGCUGUGCUCGUGGAUCCAGAGGGAAGCCGCGGCGUCGAACGCAGUGCUCUCGCUCUCCAAGGCAGCGCUGGCGGUGCUGAACCAGGACUUGCGCAGGGUUGACUUCCCUGGAGAGGUGAAGAAGGAAGCUGUGGAGAUGAGGUCUGUGAUGAAGGUGCUGCAGUCACUGUUCCACUCCGCAGACGAUGCCGCCACCUUGGCAAGCAAGCUGGACAUGCUGAAGGAGCUGGAGGUCGCGGAGGCGGAGAACGCCGAUGGCAUUGCGGCGUUGGUCAUGAGUUCUAUGAAGGGCUCGCCUUAUUACGCGGACCUUCUGACGCGUCUGUCUGCUUGCCAGCCUGCCUGGGACAAAUACGGUACCCAGAUCAGUGCUUCGCAGGAGUGGUUCGAUGGCUUUGAUGACUCGGACUCUGUUGAAGACAUGCUUUCGGACGCGAACUUCAAGCACACUGCGGAAGUGCUGGCGGCAGAGUACAAGAACAUACUAUCUUGGCAGACGGCUCCGUUCCGUGAGGGGUCCCUCGAGCCGAUCAUGUGCUCCGCGAAGAACGCAUUGAGGAUGGUUUUCAACAACAGCGCUUACGGUGCCUGGCCCAGUUCGUUAAACCGGCCUUGUGAUCCUGCGCAUCUGGAAGCCGCCCUCGCGUCAGCCAAGCAGCUCUUCCCAGCUGAUGAAGAUUUCGCCAAGUGGCACUUCCAGUUCGAGAAGCAGAAGCAGACCCGCGCCGCCAUGGAGAAGCAAGCAGCCUUGAAGGAUAUCUUCAGUGAGGUGACCGCCAGCAUCACGCGGGAUAAGGAGGUGGCACUGGACGCGCGAGCCCGCCUGGAAGGUGCGCUGAAGAGCAGUGCGAGCAAGCAUGGGGACGCCGAGCUGGAUUUGUCGUUGAAUCAUUUGUUCUGGACAUGGUCGGCCAUCGUCUUUCAGAACCGAGUGGAUGGUAAUACUGAUUACGUCGCGGAUGAGACGUCCUUGACCCUCAUCGCAGGGCACCUGAAGCCAGGCGACGUGAAGAUAUCUAAGAAAGCCGCGCAGUUCUUGUGCGAGUACCGCGCCAUGCUCAUCGCUGCCGACGCGUUCGAUAAGCUCGGCAACCCCAUGGCGGAGAAGGCGCUCCACGACCAAGCUUUUCGCCGCAUCUCCGACCUCAAGAGCCGUGCCAUGGCUGUGAACGACCUUGCAGAAUCAAUCAAGGUGGCCGCCGUGACGGAUGACUUGGACAAGGUUUCGAAGCGCAUCGCAGAGUCCAAGAGGAUGGUUGUGGACGACGCCCGUGUUGCUCUCAGCAGGGUCAACAAAGGAGGCGCGAACGGCUUGCACUGGCACGAGAACUUCAAAGGCAAGACCCUCAAAGCGGUUAUCAGGUACGGCAUGACGCACCUCGUGAACUCCGAGUCC